AUGUGCCGUUUCUCGCUGGCGAGCGACCAUUUAACCAGCGACGAGACUAAUACUCAGGACACUAUCAGCCACGAAAGCAGCGGCCAUCACUCCAGUGCUCGGAACAUUGGCAACGACGAAGGCAACAAUCACCAUGCAGACACUGAAGUCGUGGUUUCAGCAGAAAUGAAUACUAGUCACCGCGAACUCUAG